GUAGUGAUGUCAGUAAAUUCACAUAUGUAUAUAUUUGGUGGUGGUAUGGAAUUAUCUCCCAGGUUGUGUAUCUGAACAGAGGGUAGGAAUGGGUGACAUCCAUUUCUUUUCAUUAGAAACACAACAGCUUUUCCUGUCCUGGUUCCUGGUUCUUCCUUAAUUCUAGACAUGGGCUUGUUUUUUUUGUGUGAGGAGUCAUUUUGUAUUCUGUUUUGCAAGUUUUAGUUAUAGAGAAUCUGAUACGCUCAGUGUGUCUAAAACUACCAUAUCUUUGUACUUUGAUUUAGCAUCAAAGAAGGGUAGUCUCAUCACUUAUAAAGCCCACUGGCUUUUAACCUGCCCACUGAUUCAAGUCAUUCAUAAUAUGAAUAUACUAAUUUUGGGGUGACCUUGGUUUUCUCAUCCUAUGAUGUAGUUUGCCUAGAAGCAACAAGUUGUAAAUAUAUAAGAAAUUGUAGGCAUGAAAACUAGUGACUGUCUUUUCUCUUUUUUAAAGAUUUAUUUAUUUAUUUAUUUAUACAAGCACUUGGGUACAGUCAGAAGCGCGGGAGGGUGAGAGAAUUCACCAGAGCCUGAGCGGGGAGCAGAGCAGGCAGAAGGACCGAAGUACACUGCUGAGGGGAGCAGCGGGUGGCAGGAGAGGUCUGCGCACCAUGUGGGACCCUCCUGCAGUGGCAGGGGAGCAGCCGGGGAUUGAACCGGCGCUGCAGGGGCUGCGGGCAGCUUCGCAACCCAGCGCUCAACCACUGUGCCACCAGGGAGGCCCGACUGUCCCUUCUUAAUCCAUUUCUGUUCUCAUCCUCAUCCCAAACCUUUUCUUUAUUUUUAUUGUAAAUGAUGAAUGAAAAGAACACAAAACAGUUUCUUAGCACUUAGAACCAACAGCAUGUUUUUGCCUGGUAAGCUUUUGCUACUUGAAAUUGACCUUUUUGGGUCUAAAGAGCCUCAUUUUUUAGAUCUCAGUUCAGAUAUUCUGUUGACAUUUUGUGGGGAGGGGCGAUCUGGAUUGUUAGAUCACAUUGAUUUAAAUGGUACCUUUGUACUGUGCAGUGUUAAAAUUGUGCUUUAUUUUUGUUUUUCUGGGCUACUUCCCAUCAUGCUGCUGCUGUCUGCACUGCUGUUGGACCACUAUGUCUAUAGAAGCGGAACAUCCCCUCUUGCGUGUCUCAAUGCCAUGCUACAUUCCAAUUCAAGAGGAGGAGAGAGCCUGUUUUAUAAAUUGCCUGGCCGAAUCAGUCUUUUCACUCUGAAGAAGGAUGCCCUGCAAUGGUCUCGCAAUCCAUCUGCAGUAGAAGGAGAGGAGACAGAGGACACAGCUGAUGUGGAGAGCUGUGGGUCUAAUGAAGCCAGCACUGUGAGUGGUGAAAAUGAUGUGUCUCUUGAUGAAACAUCUUCAAAUGCAUCUUGUUCUACAGAAUCUCAGAGCCGGCCUCUUUCCAAUCCCAGGGACAGCUACAGAGUUUCCACACAGGGAAACAAGCAAAAGAAAAAGACUGGGGUGAUGCUGCCUCGAGUUGUUCUGACACCUCUGAAGGUAAACGGGGCCCACCUGGAAUCUGCAUCAGGGUUCUCGGGCCGCCACGCCGAUGGCGAGAGCGGCAGCCCGUCCAGCAGCAGCAGCGGCUCUCUGGCCCUGGGCAGCGCUGCUAUUCGUGGCCAGGCCGAGGUCGCCCGGGACCCUGCCCCGCUCCUGAGAGGCUUCCGGAAGCCAGCCACAGGUCAAAUGAAGCGCAACAGAGGGGAAGAGAUAGAUUUUGAGACGCCUGGGUCCAUUCUUGUAAACACCAAUCUCCGGGCCCUGAUAAAUUCUCGGACUUUCCACGCCCUGCCAUCCCACUUUCAGCAGCAGCUCCUCUUCCUCCUGCCAGAAGUGGACAGACAGGUGGGGACAGAUGGCUUGUUUCGUCUUAGCAGUAGUGCACUGAACAACGAGUUUUUCACCCAUGCGGCUCAGAGCUGGCGGGAACGUCUGGCUGAUGGUGAAUUCACUCAUGAGAUGCAAGUCAGGAUACGACAGGAAAUGGAGAAGGAAAAGAAGGUGGAACAAUGGAAAGAAAAGUUCUUUGAAGACUACUAUGGACAGAAAUUGGGGUUGACCAAGGAAGAGUCGUUGCAGCAGAAUGUGGGCCGCGAGGAGACUGAAAUCAAGAGUAAUUUGUGUGUCCCAGGAGAAUCGGCACGUUCACAGCGUGGUCCAGCCACCCGCCAGCGAGAUGGGCAUUUCAAGAAACGCUCUCGGCCAGAUCUCCGAACCAGAGCCAGGAGGAAUCUGUACAAGAAGCAGGAACCAGAACAAACAGGGAUUGCAAAAGACACACAGUCUGUGGUCCCAGAUACUCCCCUCUACAAGGAGGGGGAGGCUGAGACUGAUGCACCAGAGGGUGGCAGCCCCCACCUGCCAGGAACAUCUUCUGCAGCACCUAACCCAGAGGGUCUUGAAUCCCCAGGUGAAGCUCUGGCUUCCCAGAUCCAGACCGAAACAGAGGAUCUGGUGCAUGCCUCUUCUUCUCCAGAUAGAAUUCCCAGCUUGCCUCAGGAGACUGUGGAUCAAGAGCCCAAGGAUCAGAAGAGAAAAUCCUUUGAGCAGGCGACCUCUGCAUCCUUUCCCGAAAAGAAGCCCCGGCUUGAAGAUCGUCAGUCCUUUCGUAACACAAUUGAAAGUGUUUACACCGAAAAGCCACAGCCCACCAAAGAGGAGCCCAAAGUCCCGCCCAUCAGGAUUCAACUUUCACGUAUCAAACCACCCUGGGUGGUUAAAGGUCAGUCCACUUACCAGAUAUGCCCCCGCAUCAUCCCCAUCACGGAGUCCUCCUGCCGGGGCUGGACUGGUGCCAGGACCCUCGCAGACAUUAAAGCCCGUGCUCUGCAGGUCAGAGGGACGAGAGGCCACCACUGCCAUCGAGAGGCGGCCACCACUGCCAUCGGAGGGGGGGGUGGCCCGGGUGGAGGUGGCGGCGGGGCCACCGAUGAGGGAGGUGGCAGAGGCGGCGGCAGUAGUAAUGGUGGUGAGGCCUGUGACCACCCUAAGCCCAGGGGAUCCCCGAGCACCCCUGGAGAAUGUGCGUCAGAUCUACAGCGAACACAACUACUGCCGCCUUGUCCUCUAAAUGGGGAGCAAGCCCAGGCCAUAACUGAUGUGUCCAGAGCCAAGAGAGAGGACCUCAUGUCUCUCAAAAAGGGAGAGAGCAGUCCUGUACGAAGGGUUUCAGACGUCCUCACAAGCAGACUGGAUGAUGCCUCCCAACUCCCCGUUGCUCCAACUGGGGAUCAGCUAUGCCCUCAAAGGAUCCCAGAUUCCCUGUCCUCCACAACCCCAGCACCUGAGAGAUUAAUUGAGCAGCCUCCAUUGCAUCAAGAUGUUAGAACUGAAUGUGGGUCUGGUACCACUUCCUGGGAAAAUGAUAAAGAACAAGGACCCACUGUACCCACAGAGAACAGAGCUAUUCAGUCUCUGGUGGGGGAUGUUGUAUUAGAAGAGGGAACUGGCCAGACUAUAGAUGGUGACUGUCCCACCAUGAAGGAGCCUGUGAAUGUGACCCCCAUUUUCACUCCUGAAUCGUCAUUUGCUGGUUGCCUGCAGGACAGACAAUUUGAUGACGAAUUAGGUCUUGGUGACUCAUGCCCACCCAUAAGGGAAAGUGCUACUAGACAAGAAAACUUGAAAACUAAGGCUCUUGUCUUUGCUGGUGCUGCUGCUUGGAUGCCUGGCCCAUCGAAUGACAAGACAGUGGGACAGCCUGAACUGAACUCUGAAGAAAAUGUCCCAUCUGUUGAGCCCCAGGUCAGCAAAGAGCCGAAAGAAGCUCCUCCCCUCACUUCUGCAUUGCCUGGGGGGUUGAUAGCUGAAGAGGGUCUAGAGCCCCCCAGUAGCUUUCCUUCACUCUGGACAGUGCUGGCUGGAGGAUAUGCUGACAGUUCUGGCAACAACUGCAAACAGGUGGAAGUUGAGAGGCUGAAAAUCAAUGGAGACUGUGAAGCAUUGAGUCCUCACAGUGAGUCCACAGACACAGCUUCUGACUUUGAAGGCCACCUCUCUGAAGACAGCAGUGAGGCCGAUCCUAGUGAAGCCACAGUGACAAAGGAAUCUUUGGUGGCAGACAAGGAGGAGAAACAUGACUGUAACCUAUCUGCCUCACUGUCCAAGGUGAACAGUGACCCAAGUCUGAUUUCAAGGACAGAUGAAAUAGCUGCUCCUCAGAGCUGGGUGUCUCGAGUAUGUGCAACCCCUCAACGGAUCCCAGACUCCCUGCUUCUGGCCAGUACUGAGUACCAGCCAAGCCCCAUGCCACUGGGCAGAUCCGGGUCCUCAGUGGAGGUGACUAACCCACUAGUGAUGCAGUUGCUACAGGGCAGCCUGCCUCUAGAGAAGAUUCUUCCUCCAGCCCUCAACAGCAAACCUGAAUCUGCACACCUCCCACUCAUGGAAGAGCCGAGCCAGGGUGGAUCCCAUGGAAUGGGAUCUUUACAAGAUCCUGGAGAAAACCGGUGCAAGUUUGGCAAAAGCAACCCUAGUACUCUAACAUCUUCGAAGGAACCACUUCUAAUCGAGAGCCAUGAAGCAAGCAGUAAUCUUGCCAGACUAGAGGCCACCCCAACUUCUGGUGCGCCCCAAAAGAAUUUCAAGACAGCCCCAAGUUUAGACUCCCUCUAUCCAGUGACAAAUCCAAUGGCUGCCUCUGGGAAACUCCAAGGGGAUUCCAAAGAGCAGUUCUCUCUCUUCAGUUCUGAAGAUCAAAAGGAAGGCCAUGACCUAUCCCAGUGCAGUAAUCCCAUUACUGUCCCAGGCAAGAGUCCAGGAAAUCUCACUACCUCGAGAGCCCCUUGUUUCUCAUCUCCAAAUGUGAUCUCCAUGGGUCCUGAUCAGACAGUCCGGGCCCUGAGUGAUCAGAACAGUGCUGGAGGCCAAGGGAAGAAACUCUUUGGCUCUAGGAAUGUGACUGCAGCCCUUCAGUGUCCCAGGCCUGUGGCACCAGCGCCACAACCUGCUGAUACUCCUCCUGGCUUUCCUAGUAGGAAGUUGGAGCCAAGCAAAAACCCUGUAUCUGGUGGGGUACAGACUCCCAGGGAGGAUUGGGCUCCAAAGCCACCGCCUGCCUCUGUUAACAGCAUCAAGAGUCAGAAGACUUUUGUGGGGGGCCCUCUCAAGGCGAAUGCAGAGAACAGAAACGCUGCGGGGCCUAGUACUCGGGAGCUGGUGGAUCACUUGCAGGGAAUGCCCUUUGUCCUUGACCUGCCCUUCUGGAAAUUACCCCGAGAACCUGGGAAAGGACUCAGUCAGCCUCUUGAGCCUUCCUCCAUCCCUUCCCAACUCAACAUCAAACAGGCAUUUUAUGGGAAGCUUUCCAAAUUCCAGUUAAGUUCCACCAGCUUUAAUUAUCCUUCCAGCUCCCUCACCUUUCCCAAAGGCCUUGCUGGGAGUGUGGUGCAGCUGAGCCACAAAGCACACUUUGGUGCGAGCCAUAGUGCAUCACUGUCUUUGCAGAUGCUCACCGACAGCAGCAGGCUGGAAAGCAUCUCACUCCAGUGUGCGUGCAGCCUGAAAGCCAUGAUCAUGUGCCAGGGCUGUGGUGCAUUCUGUCAUGAUGACUGUAUUGGGCCCUCAAAACUCUGUGUAUUGUGCCUUGUGGUGAGAUAAUAAAUUAUGGCCAUGGGAAAAGCUGUAUAUUUAGUGUGUGUAUUUUGAUAAUGAUUGAUCUUAAAUCUGCAUACAGAAUAUCAUUGAUAUAAUAGACUGUCUCUCCAGGCAAGAGCAUUCUUGCCUCUCCCUAAAAUCUGUAGUGCUAAAGCUCCUCCAUCAUUUAACUAACCCUUCUGGUCUAACUGGAGGGGUUUCCUGCAGGGCAACUUGUUGGGCUGCCCACAGCUGACUAACCAGCCUGAGCUCCCAAUGCAGACAGCCUGGUGCGUCGUGGGGAGCCAGCCUGACCCCUAGAGGGACUUGAAGCUGAGGCAAGAAGGUUGUGUCCUCCACCAAGGGAAUUCACCUACCUGAACUGAGUAGAAAUGUCAGUCUUCCACUGCCCCCUCUCUACCAUCUUUCCUUCUACCCAGUCUGGGGAGUUGAUGGUUGGUAAGAAGCCAGCAAAGGGUUCCAGUUAACUCCCAGCAGUGCCCACCAGGGGGCUCAAGUACCUGCUGACUUAAGGGUCACAGUCAGUCAUUUGCCUGUUGACCUUUGGUUCUGUUGCUGAAGCAGAUCUGGAACUUUAUCCACUGGCCCACAGGAGCUUUUGGAACCUUGAGUAGCCCUGCUUGGACAAUAGGGUUGGGCAUAGGCCUGUCUUUACUCUUGAAAUGCCAUCUGUAGACCUUCUAAAUCAGAUGCCCAGGCAUUUGGCGGGUGAAUUCCUCUGCUUGACACCCUCCCCGUCACUUUGGACUCUGGGAAUGGGCAUCUCCACGCACCUGUGUAUGUGACAGUCAUUUUACAUUUCAAAGCAGUGUGUGUUUCUUAUUUUUAUAUUUUUAACUCUUUAUCCUUGGAUGUAUAAAGUGAACUUUUUGGCUUCUGUAAGUAUGCUCUAUGCACCUCUAAUGUUUUAUCAUGUAUUUAUAUGUUGUACACAGUGCUGGCCAAUUCUGUAAAUGGAUGUAUUAUACAGAGAACAUGACCAUCUCUCCCUUAUUUUACGUCUUCAGCGUCAUUGCAUUCAAGUGGUGUAAUUGACUUCUCUCUACCUGUGCCAGAGCCACUGCGUGCUGUGCUGCCUAAUAUGAGAGGGGCGUGAUUGACUGGUGUUUUACCAGGUUGGCCCACAUACCCCGCCACAGCCUGCCGAGCCACAGUCACUCCUGUAAGCUACUGAGCAAAUGCAUCUUGCUCCUCACCUCUUCUCCAACCUUCACUGGCUGCUUGCUGCCAUUUGGGACAAACCACCACCAGUGUUAAGUGCUCCUGGAUUUAUGGGUGAGUGCCCUGGGCAGCCCCAAGCAGGCCUUCCAGAACUGGCUCUAGGGUCACCAUCUGUCAGCAGUACCUGGGACCACACUUUCCUGGUGCCACAGGACUCCUUUUGACUUAGUUUUGACAAGUCGGGAAAGAAACAAGUAGAUGUCUCCAUAGUUGUCUUCCCUCUUCCUGCCCUGCCUUAUUUCUUGUACCUUGACUUGCGGCAGAGUUGAGAGUCCUCCCUGUUUAACCCAGGUCUCCCUGUGUGAGUGCUUCUGUAUGGAGUAUAAAUUUGGUAUGGCCUCAGCAAGCCUCAUUUCAUCUGAAGGGUUUCUCCCCCACCCCCAUUUCAUCCACUGUGGCAUUUUUGUCAUCUGAAGCAUGAGUGAAAAGUUGGCAAUGAUGUGGUGGUGAUUUAACUGCAGUAUUGGCAAAGUCCAAGUUGUCAACUUCCAGAGUCUGUUUACCAAAGAUAGGGAACAGAGGCCUAAGUGUGUCUGAUCCUCUUCUUCUGCUGUGACCUUUGGGGCCACUCUAGGGUAGUUUGAAACUGGUCUGGUCCAUGGGGCUGCCCAGGGAAAGCACUGCUCUUGUAUGUCUCUUGUGGUAUUGGAAAAAUAAACCUGUACAACCUGCAUUUGUGGUCUCGGUCAUCUUCUGUGGCCACCCUGAUGGGAUGGGAAGGAAGGCCAGGUUGGAGAGUAGAAGCUGCAUUGAAGGAGCAAACCCCAGCUGACAUCACCUUGGCUCUGGAACAAAUGUGACUCUUGUGAACUUAGUUCUACAGAUGACUCGUCAGUUUCACUGGUAUUUGGAUCUGCAAAACUUGGCCAACUUUCACUGUGUGCACUAGCAGCAGAAAUCUAAUGAAACUGAUGGGGUGUUUUUGCCUUGUGUGUCAAAGCCAUGAACUCACAUCCCUCCAUAGCUACUUACCCCAACUGCCUCAUCAAGACUGAGAUUGCUGAAGAGAUUUCCUAAUGGCUGCUCAUCUGUGGGGCGGGUGACCAGUUAUGACCUUGAAAAGCCAUAAAUGCAAGAAUCUCUCUGAGCAAUAGCAGGCAGCAGUGAAGGAGGUGCUGGCAUAAGAGGAAGUCAGACUAGUCAAGUGAGCCUGAGUGGAUGACAGGCUGUAAGAGGUUCCCAGUUAAAAGUCCUCAGACUUAAAUGGAGUACUUCAUAAUGAUUUGGGCAUAUCAGAAACUCAGUUUAUAAAUAAGCUGAAAGCACAGGGGAAAAAAGAUGGAAGCGAAAACUAAAAUACGUAUCCUUUAAUUUGUUUCUUGUGAAUUGGAGAAGGUAUACUGUAUGGUGGAAUACCUUUGGUGGAAGCACAGUCUGUGUUGCCCUCUUGUGGGUGACUUUCAGUGGUGAAGAGUGGGCUUUGUGGUGUUGGAGAUUCAUACUUGAAACCAGAUGCUGAUGGUGCCCCUUGCUUCCUCUUGUCUCUUGUGCGUCAAUUUGAGGCCCGAAAUGAACAUCUCUAACCACCAAAAGAUAGAGGCAAAAGCUCUAUAAGGGCAGUUGGAGCUGGUGUUUGGUGGUGGUUCUGUUAGACAGAAGGGCAGUUGGAGAAGUUAGAGUCAGGUGGCUGUGUGGUGACUGGGCAACUACUUUGGUGGUGUGUGUGUGUGACUUUGUGUCACACAGUGCCUGCUUCAUCUGCAGGGUUGGGACCUGACAUUGCCUAUCGAAUCUCAGCAGGAAGGUAGAAUGGUGUGGGGGCGGGUUAGACUUUGUUACCUCCCAAGGUCUGUGAUUGGGGUAAGUUCCUUGGCUUCUCUGCCAGCUUCUUCCUCAAUGGGAAUUAUAGCGUCUCCAUUACAAAGUAGUGGCUGGCCAUGUGACCUUACAGUAGCAAUCUGUACAAGCUCCUGUUUUGCUUGACCCUCACCCCAGAGGGGAGCCAUGGGGCUGCUACAAGUGCUGUGCUAAAGAGGUAGUGUGGGCUCUAGUUGGCCAUCUGCCGUUUGAACUACUACAGCCAUUCAGUACACGUUCUGAGUUUAGAGACUGAGUGCUUGGCAAGAGAGGAUUAUUUUACUUGUGGUACAAAGAUUGAGGAAAUGGUUUGGAAUAUGAAAAAGCUAUCUUACUGGCUGGACGUGGUGUCAGUUUAUUUUAUGUCUCUUUUUGAAGUCAGACCCUGCUUAAAAGAGGGGUGUGUGGGUAUGUGUGUUUAUAGUAGAGUGCCUCAAACUCAUCAGGGGCCUUAGGGAGCCAAAGAUUUGCCCGCCCUGCGCUCUGAGAGUAGGUGACACGGCCUGUGUUGCCCUUGUGUGGGUGACUUGUAGUGGUGAAGAGUGGGUCUUGUGAUGUUGGAGGUUCAUACUUGAAAUCAGAUACCUGCUUCCUUUUGUCUCUUGAGCGUCAAUUUGAAGGCCCAAAAAUGAACAUCUCUAACCAUUAAAAGAUAGAGACAAAAGCUAUGUAAGGAAAAUAGUGAGUAACAAAAGGAAUUGUCAAUUUGGUGGUUCCUUACCUUUCUGAGGACUGGCUCAUUUGAGAGCUGGUCAAGCUCUUCCCCCAGGAAUACAUACAGUUGUGCAUGCUAUUUCACAGGGUUCACGAGCUCAUUAGGCAACUGGGGCCCAUUAUUUAAGAGCCCCUGAUUGAUGGUAAUCCUGAUAAAAUCUUAGUUUAUACAAAAGAUCAGAGAGAGGACGCAAGGGAUCUUUAGUGCUCCUUAACAACUAUGCUUCCCUAACACAUUUUAAAUUACUGUUAAAAGUGCAAUUACACAAUUAAAAGAGGUUAUCAGAUUUGACAUUGGUUAAGUUUUAAUUCACUGUUGCCUGGGGGCAUUUCUGUUUGCUAUUGUCCUGUACACCAUUAACACCAGUUAUCUGGUGCCCCGUUUAAAGAAACCAGACAGGAUCAAGCAGCACUGCCCUGUCCUUGAGUGACUUUGGAUCCCAGUGCUCCGAGAGCUGCAGCACCUCAUCUGGAGGUAAGUGCUUUUCCAGCUGACUGGUGUAGUCUGCAUGAGAUGGGUCAGGGUUCUGAAUGUGUUCUCAGGUUGAGGGAUUUUAAUGGUCAGUUGGUGCUUCUUAUCAGUGGGAGCUUCAAUAGGGCAGGAAUUUUCAUGGAUUACUGAGGAUGUGCUGUCUUUGGUCUCUGUAGAGCAAGGAAAGAUGAGGCACUGAGGUUCCAGCUCCUGCUCUGGCUGUACUGCUACUGUCGGUAAGGAAGCCAGCAGGUACUCACUCGGUGCCAUGGCUUCAAACUAUUAGCCCUUCUCCUAUCCAUUCUAUUUAUUUGACUGAAUUUUAAUUUAACAAAUUAUGCCCAUUACAAAAAUGUUUUAAAAACAAGUGCUGUAUAGUAUGUCUGUGUAUACACACAAGGCAAUUUUAAUAGCUAAAUUUAUGCUUUUAACUAAUACAGAAUUGUUUCUAAGUUCAUGAUAAUCAGGUUUGCCCAGCCAUAUUCCUGCAAAAUUUCCAGGACGUUAAUACACAAGUCAUGUAAGUAGAAGGGGUGGAAAGCCCAGGCACAAACAUCAUUUUGGGAAAAGCAUUUGUUUCCUUCGAGGUUUUGGGUCGAAUGGAUGAAGGUUCGGAAAAGUGAUGGUGUUUCCUCACUUUCCAAGCUGAGAAACUAUUUGUCAGUAGAAGCUGAACUUUGGGGUAGAAGGGAUGCUCUUUGCCGGGAGUAAGUUUAAACUAAGACCUUGCUCGGUGACUGGCUGCUUCUAGGAAAGGGGAUGUGCCCAUUCCCUGUAAGUGGGAAGAAGAGCACCUCCAGUGUGUUUCCUUUCUGACAGCCUAGGAGUGAAGGGAAGGACCUUCUAGGUGAUGGCUCAGAGGCCAAGAAAAGGUGACAUCUGCUUUUUAGGUAUUUUAGUGCCAAACUAGAUUUGGAAGGACGAGAACUAGCUGGCAGGGCAGGUGAGGAGAGGACACAGUGGGGGAAGAAAACACACAUUCGGUUUGUUAUUCAGUGUUUAUUAAGUAGAUUCAGUCUUAUAUAUGAUAUACAGAUUCAAAAGAAAAAGGAUUCCACAUACUUAUGAAAUCAGUGCAUUUAGCAAGUAAUACCAUGGAGAUAACAGCUCGAUUAACAGCUCAUUGGUCUUUUGUUAAGUGAGGGGAGAGGGAGUUGGCCUGUGCUAGUCAUUCCACAAACAAAACAGAAUUUAGUUGCAUCACAUAGAGAAGACACAUUCUAAGAAUUAAAAUAUUAAGCCACAUUUACUGGAAAAACUCACUAUAUAGAACACAAAUAAUUUUUAUAGAGCAUUGAGGAGGAAGUCCUCACCUGCUUAGAAGAGCCACGUUAAGUUGCAUAGGUGCAUAUCUGUAAAAAUAUAAUUUAGAGGUGAAGCCAUUGAUUAAUAGUCACCUUUAAAAGUUGGUGCCAUCCACUGUUUGCCUUAAGUGCCAUAUGCUGUCUGGACCCUCCAGCCCCUCCCCAGAGGUGAUGCCUCAUGAAUGAGCUGCCUCAAGGGAACCCUGAAAAAUGUUUGUACCAUCUGCACUGAAAAGUCUUAAAAUCUCAUCUCAGAUGGGGAACUGAUGCUCUUUUAAAAUAUUGUUAUGCCAGGGGAUGGACAACCUCUUGGGUUCCUAAAUCCUAGGUGGCUUGACCCGGAAGAUAACAUAAAUCACUUUGACCUUCCAUUCCCAGGCUGCUGGGAGAAUUAGACCCAUCCCACAACUCUGCAGCAAAGUCCUGCUUUCAUUUCAUGUCUUGUGUGUCCAUGCAGUUACCCACCCAGCGGCCAAUAGUCUAUUCUCAGUCAUCUGCUGCACAGAGAUUUUUCUGAGCGUAUAAAAGUUUUUCAGCAAAUCUGAAUUCUAUGUGGUGUAAGUUUUGUUUUGUUUUUAGGUGGAAUCAUAGGUAAAAAGAGAGGUUUUGUUUUGUGGCUUUGCUAAGCAGAUGAGCUUAGUGAGGUGCACCUUCCUCCUCAAGAGAGAGUCUUGCAGAACACACAGGGACUGGGGCAUCUGUACAUGUAAACAGUACACUUUCACUGAGUCCAAAAUUAGGAGCAAAAAUACAAAGGUUCACAUUGGUCUUAGGUAGAUACAGGCGAAAAAGGAUCGAGCUAUUUAGCUCAGAAACAACAAAAACAAAGUUUCUAAAGCACCACUAAAUUAUAUAAAAAUCAGACCAUGGACGGAUUGAAACUGGUAUUCUGGUGAAAUACUUUACUAUCUUGUAAAAAGUUUUACAAAAAAUUACAAAUUAAAAGUAUCAACCCUCUGAGUUCAAAGCAGCAUUUUGAAAAUGGACUGGUAGUUAAUCCUGUAACCGCCCCUGAAGUCAUGAGUGGCCCUUGGGACUAGGGGUGGCUGGUUUCCACCUGUUGAAGUCCUCUAAAACCUUCCUAAUCCCCUACCUGUUCCCCUCCCCCUCAACACUGUUCUUGGGUAUAAACUGCCCCUUUCUACUAGUGGUGACAGUAAAAUGAAUUUCAGAUGGGUUACACUAUUACUGGUCUAUUAGAUCCACCACUAAAACCAAAUUCCCAUUUCUGUGAGUCGUUCCUUCUGGUGGGAUUAGCCCUCUGCAAAGACCCUGGAAUUGGUGUAUUCUACUGUGGUCUUUUACCUUAGGAUCCCAAAUAAUUGUGUGCCCUGAGGCCCUCCAUGUGAAUUUUAAAUGGCUGUGGAUCAGGGCUUUGGAAGCUCCCUUUGGGAGAAGGCAGUCCCUGGGGUGAAGGCGGGACGGCAAUGAGCUGGGUUCAGCAGAACCAGCUCUUUGGUGCUCUCCAAGUCAGGAGAGGGAAGGGUUGAAGCUGCAUCUUUUAAAACAAAAGCAAAACAGAACAAGUUCCCUGACUGAACUAGCUAAUUGAAACCUGUUUCCACAUAGUAACUUGCUCCUGAUUCUGCCAUUACCAGGGCUUCAUGUGUAGCUUCACUGGGAAGGAGCCCACCAAGAGGUGGGGUCAACACGGCAGAAUCUGUCCUGGAUGGGCCACUGGGAGCCCCCAUGGACUUUUACCACUGGCAUUCCUUUCCUUUCUCUUUAAAAUUUAAACCUACACUCUCGCUGCAGUACUAAGGCAGGCUGAAGGUGGUCGGUCAGGACAGCUUGAACUUGGAAUAACAUGACUUCAAACUGUAGCUUAUACUGAUCUUUAGAUCUAGAAAUCCCUCGUGUGGGUUGGUGAUGAAAGCUCCUUCCCCCAGUCUUUCUCACUCCUGUCUGUUAAGAAAUUAGAACCGUUUGUGCCUGGGCUGGGUCCUGUCUCCGGGAGGAGAGAUGACAUAUUAAGCAAUUGUUGUCAAGAAUUCUAAGGCGGCGAUUGUCUCUGCCAGUUUUUAACAUUUAAGAUUUUCACAAAUUGCCUGGGGUAACAUUUUGCAAAGGAUCUACUGAUUACUUUGUAGUAUUGUUCACACACAAAAAUAAAUAUUUACACAAAGUUCAAACAUCCGGGGGUGGUACUGAG